AUGAGCGACUCCGGUGAAGAUUGGGAUUUGGAGAUUAACUCCGGCGUUUCCAAACCCAUGAAAUGGAAUGACCACAGUUCUGAAUCUAGUACAAACUCUCACAAUUCAGGAUUUUCAGCUCCUGAGAAACGGUUCGGUCGCGGACGAUCUGCGCGUGCUACAAACAGUUGGGGAUCAAACGAUGGCUCAGGUAAUUGGAGGGGUAAUUCGGAUUUCGAUAACGCUUUGCCCAGGAGGCCUAGGCGGGGGUUUGAUUCAUCGUCCCCCGCCAGAGAAGAGCGCCCACCGCUCUCCAGAGGGUUCGGGUCCCGAGAUCGUAAUGGUGGGGUGUUUGGUGGCAGUCAGGAUGAUGGCGAUUCGUUGAGGAUCGAGGUUUCUAGUCGGGAUGUUGGCAAGAUUAUUGGGAGAGGUGGCCAGAGCAUUAAGAAUAUUCAGAAUUCAUCUGGAGCAUGGAUUAAGAUAUUGAAAGAUGAAGCUGAUGCCGUCCACACACCAAUCGAGAUCUCAGGGAGUAGAGACUUUCAGGCAAAGGCCAAAGAGAUGAUUGAUGAAAUAAUAUUUCCACAAGAUUUAGUGACAAAUAAAAUGGAAGAAACAAGUCUGAAAGCAGGUGAAACCCCUUUGGUUCCCAGAAUUGAUUGGGCUGAGCUACGCGCAAACAGGGUGGCAAAUCAAGCAAAGAAAUGGGAAGGUUUACCUGUCAUCAAAAAAGUAUUUUAUAAAGAGAGUGAAUCAGUCAGGAGAAGGUCCAAAGAGGAAGUGGAAAUCUUUAGGAAAGAAAACAACAAUAUCUCUGUACAAAAUGUCGGUGAUGACGUUCAGAACCGAGACAUUCCGAAGCCGGUCACGACAUUUGACGAGGCGUUUAAAAAUUAUCCCGUUAUACUCAAUGAACUGAAACGUGUUGGAUUUGUUAAACCAACUCCGAUUCAGUGUCAGUCAUGGUCAGUUUUGCUGUCAGGCUUAAACCUCAUUGGCAUCGCUCAGACCGGCACUGGCAAAACUCUGGCGUUUUUGCUGCCAGCAUUGAUUCACAUAGCUGGGCAAGAAAGAACACCAGCCACACCUGAUGGUCCAAAUGUUCUGGUUUUAUCACCAACAAGAGAACUCGCUCUUCAGAUUGAAACUGAAGUAAAUAAACUUCAUUAUAAAGGGAUACGAAGUGUUUGCGUCUACGGUGGUUCAGACAGACGUGCUCAGAUCGAUACAGUAAAAAGUGGUGUGGAGAUUGUUAUUGGAACUCCUGGUAGAUUGAACGACUUAAUUAUGAACGAGAUUCUUCCAGUGAAAUCUGUCACGUAUUUGGUCCUUGACGAGGCAGACAGAAUGUUAGACAUGGGUUUUGAACCAGAAAUUAGGAAGAUUUUAAUUGAUAUCCGACCGGAUCGUCAAACGGUGAUGACAAGUGCGACGUGGCCAUCAGCUGUACGAAGAAUGGCGAGUCAGUAUGUUGAAAAUCCCGUGCAGGUCAACGUGGGAUCCUUAGACCUAGCCGCUUGUCAUACCGUGACCCAAAUAGUCGAAAUCAUGGACGGAGAGGCGAAGAAAGAACGAACUUUGGACUUUAUUAAUUCAAUGGGACCUGAAGACAAAGUUUUGAUAUUCGUAGGACGUAAACUGACGGCUGACGACGUGGCGAGUGAUUUCAUGUUGAAAUAUGUUUCAGCUGGUAUCCAGUGUAUUCAUGGCGACAGAGAACAAUGUGAUCGUGAGCAAGCUUUGGAUGACUUCAAAACAGGGCGGGUUCGUGUGCUCAUUGCGACCGAUGUCGCCUCCAGAGGACUCGAUAUUAAAGGCGUUACACAUGUGAUUAACUACGAUUUUCCCAGAGCUAUCGAGGAUUAUGUUCACAGAAUUGGGCGGACAGGUCGAGCUGGUUCGAAGGGAUCGUCUUUGAGUUUCAUCACGCGUGAAGACUGGAAACAAGCCCAAAAUUUAAUCUAUAUCUUAGAAGAGGCGAAUCAGGAAGUCAGCGAAGAGUUACGAAGCAUGGCCGAACGUUAUCAAGCCUGGCGGGAACGGAAUGCCGAGCGUGGGGACCGCCGGAAUGGCGGAGGGGGUGAUGGCUGCUUCAAGUGUGGUGAACACGGCCACUUCUCGCGAGAAUGUCCUCAAGGUGGGGGAUCUCGAGGGUCACGUGGUGGUAAUAGAGGACGCGGGGGACGUGGUGGGUCACGCCGUGGUCGCGGUGGAGGAAUGUCUUUUGAUAUGUGGUGAUAUGUGUGGAUAUCUUGUGAUAUGUACUCAGCAAGUGAGAAACACGGUAUUUUUGAUUGCAUAAUAUAUUGAAUAUUGGUACAGAGAGGUGUACCUAGGGUUGCAUAGGGUUAUACCUAGGUAUUAUAUAUGUAUAUGUGUUUAAAGGACAUGCGUUUUGUUAACUCGAAGACUAACUGACAUGAAAAGUUUAAAACAGGGAAUUUUAGGCAGCUUUUACGCAAGGAGUGAAGGCUACCAAAUAUUAGAUACAAAAUAUUAAAGCGCGCCAAAAUCGUCUGUAUCUAUCCGAAGUAUUCAGUCAGAAUUCUAAGAAAUAUUGUUCAUGCAUCUGCGAGCUUCAUGAAUAAAUAUU